AUGACAAAAUCCCCAUGUUAGAACACUCCGCCCAACAGGUCUACCCCGUAUUAUAAAUGUAACAGCAGUAUACAUAUGCGCUAUACAGUGGGAUAUUUCCCGCGCGAUAUUCCAUUGUCACCGUUUCACCAAGGCAGCGCGAGCAGACCGUGAAGAUGACAGCCGUGCUUGACGUCCCCAAACCCAGAAUCAACUCGUCCAUGCUGUCGCAGUACCCGGGCCGGCCGGUCUGCUUCGUUGGACAUGUUGACAAGGUUCACCCAACAGGGAAGAUGUUCAAGAUGCUGGACGGAGAGGGCAAAGCUGCUCAGGUGGAGCUCAACGACCCUCUUGAAGAGGAGCUGUCCGGCAUAGUGGAGGUCAUUGGAGUGGUGUCCAACAAAGGAACAAUAAUGGCUUCCACAUAUAAUAUCCUACGAGAAGACAAGGGCAUUGCUUUUGAUUUAGAGCUGUAUAAUGAAGCCCUGAAAGUCAUCCACGAUUACCCACAGCAUUAUCCUUUCCAAGUGGCUGCAAGUGAAUGAGCAUUUGCCAGGGGGAUUUUUCUUACUAAAGCUGGUUGAUUUUUUUUUUUUUUUUUUUUUUUCCAGUUUUCAUGUUGUUUUGUGUUCAGUUUGUGUUCAUCCAUCUGUACAAAAUAUGCCAAGUAAUAAAAAUAUAACCAUUAAAGAA